GCACAAAGAAGUAAUGAGUUCGAAAAGGGUUACUUGGUUGUCUUUAACUUGGGUUCUGGUUUUCUUAUGUCUAAGUGUUGAGUUGGAAGCUCAGCUUCAAGUGGGGUUCUAUAGAACCUCAUGUGGCUUGGCUGAAUUCAUAGUGAAAGAUGAGGUUAGGAAAGGGUUCAUUCGGGACAGUGGGGUGGCUCCUGGCCUGGUCAGAAUGCACUUUCAUGAUUGUUUUGUUAGGGGUUGCGAUGGGUCAGUGCUCAUCGAUUCGACUCCCUCAAACACAGCAGAAAAGGAUUCUCCUGCUAACAACCCUAGUCUUAGAGGGUUUGAAGUCAUUGAUAGUGCAAAGGCUAGACUCGAAGCUGUGUGCAAGGGAGUGGUUUCAUGUGCUGAUAUAGUUGCCUUUGCAGCAAGGGAUAGCGUGGAGAUAACCGGAGGGCUUGGCUAUGAUGUCCCUGCAGGAAGAAGAGAUGGCAGAAUUUCACUAGCUUCAGAGGCAUCGACAAACUUACCACCCCCGACCUUUACUGUCGACCAACUCACUCAGUUCUUUUCAAACAAAGGAUUGACACAGGAUGAAAUGGUGACUCUCAGUGGAGCACACACAAUUGGCCGUUCGCAUUGCAGUUCCUUCAGCAACAGGUUGUACAAUUUCAAUGGAACAUCGGGCCAGGACCCUACUCUAGAUCCCCAGUAUGCAGCCAGUUUGAAGACACAGUGCCCGCAAGGUAGCACAAAUACUAACUUGGUGGUUCCAAUGAACCCCUCUAGCCCAAGCAUCACAGACGUAGGCUACUAUGUCGAUGUUCUAAGAAACAGAGGUUUGUUUACAUCAGAUCAGACUCUCCUAACAGACACAACAACAGCAACCCAAGUAAGACAAAAUGCAGGGAAUCCGUUUCUCUGGAAGAACAAAUUUGCUUCUGCAAUGGUGAAGAUGGGCCAACUUGGUGUCUUAAUUGGUGAAGCAGGACAGAUUCGAGCCAAUUGCAGGGUUAUCAACAGCUAAAGAGAGUAGAGGAUUGAAGUAUCUACAAGCUGGAUGCUUCAUCCUGUCAACUUUCAGUCAUUUGGUUUUGAAUCUUGUGUUUGUAAUGUGUGCAACUAUGAAAUAAGCAAUGGCAUGUCGGUGAGCAGGAUAAUAAUUGAUUGCAAAUGAAAUAAUAGAUAAUCCAAAAUGAACAUUUCAGCCUAAUCAACUACAAGAAAGAAAUUACCACACCCUAACUGGACCCCAUUCUUAGCCCACACUCAACAAUGGAAAGUAGAAUGCUUUCACCUAUCAAUGCCAACAAACUCAAAUGGCAACACGAAUGCAAUUUAUCUGGGUUUCAAAAGUCAGAAAGCACGAUAACUAAUUAAAAAGCCAGACCUGAUAAGGAAUAAACAAUAAGAAAUGUCAUUGACACACCAGCAUCUAUUCAUCUAUUCCAUGAUUUAAGCCAAGCCAUUUGGCCUCAAGCAAGAAAGAGACCCCAGAUAGACAGCACAUCAUCCUUUAUGGAACAUGCCGACAUUGUUGCUGGACUAUACACGCUUAGUUGGCACUGAUGCAAGUUAACUUUAACCAUCUAACUCCUUAGAAGGUACAGUUGCCUUGGUACAAGCCAGUUAACUUGAAGCAAAGGCAGGCAAAAUCCCAUAACCAUCUAACUUCAAUCCAAAUUGCCUAGCUCAUGUUGAUACGCUUGAUUUGUCACAUGAGUAUAUUUAUUGCAUGAUGACAACACAAGUCCAUUAACUCAAGCAUUUAAUAAUCCUCAAUCAUGCUAUUCCACUUAGGUCUUGGUUUGUAAUAAACAAUCCUUCAAUGGAGGCAAUAAGUAAUUGGUAAUAAAGAAAGAAAUAUGGUCAAGGUUUCAGGGAUGGGCAUUGGUUCCCUUGACCAGGGAAACGCUAGUAAAGAAAAAAAAAAAGGAAUGAAUAAUGGAAAGAGCAAUAAGCGUGUGAAAAGAAAUAUAACAGAGAAGGGGGCAUAUUGCAGACCCUCAUUGUUAUGCAAAUUGUCUAAGUUCAACCAAAAGAAAAAGGAAAGUCUAGCCACCUAAUAGAUAGGAGCCAAUUUAACUACGAUAAACAAAAUAGUGGUAUCAAUACCAAAAACUCAUCCUCAGAAAAGACUGAGAAGUGAACUAUUAAGGCUACCUAGGUGGUGAGCUCCAUGAUAGCACUGACAAUGUCCCCAUUGUGAGUCUUGAGAGCCUUAACAGCCUUGCUCCUUGACACCCCAGCUUGAGUCAUCACCAAAUCAAUGUCUCGAGGCUCCACCCCAGUCUCAUCAAUCACUUCCUCUUCCUCAUCUGCUUGUGUUCCAGCAGCUGCAGCAGAAAUGUCUGAUUUUGCCAUCACCGACCCCAUAUCUGGCAUCCUGAACUGUUGUGCAGCCUGUGUCUGCAGCUGAGAGCUCAAAUCCUCUAUCUUCGCCUCCCCAAAUAUGACAUAGGUCUCUGAAUUUGGACUCUUGAAGACAUCAGGCUUUGAGAUGAAAAAUAAUAU